AAGACUUGGAUCGGAGGUAACAUUAACAUUCUUCCAAAACAACGCUGUGACAAGCAAACGUUCAAUCAAGGAAAUACAAAAAAUAUAAUUAACCAAACAAUAAAAUCUAAGCAUAAAUGAGUGAAAUAAUAGUGGAAAAAUAUAUCAAAACGAAACAUUAUUGAUCAAACUUAAUUGGCUCGUUACACCAUCGGAGUCAGCAUUGGCGUAGAGAUUGCCCCCUCGCACGGCCCAAUGGGGGGCGAAACCUCCCCCGAGCAGCAAUAUUCGCUGCGUUGGAACGACUUCCAUUCGUCGAUACUGUCGUCGUUUCGACAUCUUCGGGAUGAGGAAGAUUUUGUGGAUGUCACCUUGGCAUGCGACGGCUGUUCUUUUACUGCCCACAAGGUAGUAUUGUCGGCUUGCAGCCCUUAUUUCCGAAGACUUUUGAAAGCCAACCCUUGCCAACAUCCCAUUGUGAUACUCAGAGAUGUACAACAGAAAGAUAUGGAAAGUUUACUAAGGUAA